AUGCACGUCCUGAUCAUCGGCGCAGGUAUCACAGGUCUGAUCCUCGCACAAUCUCUCAAGAAGUGCAACAUCCCCUACACCAUCUUCGAACAAGAAACCUCCCUCAACUACCGCAGCAACGAAUGGACCAUGGCGAUCCACUGGUCCCUGGACCGUCUGCGCACCCUGCUCCCCCCGGCCCGCUACAGCAACAUGGAAGCCGUCUCGUGUAACCCCGACGUCGCAAUCACAGCCGGCGGCAACUACCCCAUCAUUCACGGCGAAUCGGGCCACUUACUCGCCGGUGUGCCGUACGCGAAAGGCCUCCGGGUGCCGCGUAGCAAGAUGCGCGAUCUGUGUAGUGUGGGGGUCGAGGUCCAGUAUGGGAAGCGGUUGGUGGAUGUGGCGUUUUGUGAGAGUGGGAGGGGGGUGAUGGCGGUUUUUGAGGAUGGGGAGGUGGUGAGGGGGUCGGUGCUUGUGGGGGCUGAUGGGCCGAGGAGUAAGGUGAGGGAGUUUGCGAUGGGGGGGGUGGAGAGGGCGGCUGUUAGUCGGUUUCCGAUCUUUCAUACCAAUAUGACGGUGUGUUAUGGGGAUGGGGAGAAGGCCAGGUUGGUGAGGGAGAGGUUUCCGACGAGUUAUCUUGCGUUGAGUGAUCGGUCGUAUCAUGCUUUUCAGUCCAUCUCGAGCAUGCCUGAUGGUCCGGAUCAUCCGGAGACGUGGAUCUUUCAUCUCGCGAUGGCCUGGUUCAUGGACCAUGGUCAGCCGGCGACGUAUCGCGAACGACUCGAUAUGAUCCGCGAAAAGGCGCAGAGUUUGGCUGAGCCGGCGCGGUCGUCGUUUACGUGGAUCCCGGAUGAUACGCAGGUUCAUAAGGCUGAUAUCAGUUACUGGGUUACGCAGCCGUGGGAUAAUCGCCUGGGACGGUUGACUUUGGUGGGGGAUGCGGCGCAUCCGAUGCCGCCGUACCGUGGUCAAGGACUUAAUCAUUGCAUUUGUGAUAUUUCGCAUCUGCUGGCGGGUAUUCAGCAGGUGGUGGAGGGCACGGCGACCCUGGAGGAGGCAGUUACGGCCUACGAGGCGGAGAUGGUCCCUCGGGGGGCGGAAGAGGUCAAGUGCUCGGUCGAGAAUGGAUACAUGUUGCAUGACUGGGACCAGAUCCGUGAGAGUCCGGUCUUUCGGCAGGGAUUCCGCCCGAUGACGGGGCACGAUAAGGGGUCGGUGGAUGAGCAUGAGAAGAUGCAGCCUAUGGAUAUUGCUGCGAAUUGA